CUGAGAUUGCAGGGGGCGGGGGUGGAAAAGACCAUGAAAGGACAGAGCUGGAGGACACUUUUAAGGGCUGUUUGUUUGGGAUAGUAUUUGUGACUUGUCCCCCGACUUUUUAUUUUAAGAAAUAGAAGCUAAGGACUUUCUCCCAGGAGAAACACAGCGCUUUAAUAGCGUCCAACUGGUCCCGCCACAGAGAUUGAGCGCGAGCUAGCAGAAGUUAGCUGGACGGCUAUCGGCGGCGGGUGAGGGGUCGACAGAGAGCGCCGUAGUCAAACCUAGUAGCAUGUCGCCCUCGGGAAGAAGUAGCUCGAGCUUUGGAUGAGGUUCCGUGGCGCAGUUCGAUCGCAGAGACUUUUUGACGCGACGGUGGGUUGUGAUGUUUCCGCCAGCGCGGGGCUCCGGUGGAGGCGCGGCGUCGGCGGUGUCCCGGGGCUGGCCGCAUACGGUACUAUGGAGACUAGGGGGUUUCUAUCUCCUCCUGCUUCUCGAAGGGGCCCGAUGCCUCGCCAACCCGAGCAAUGCACCGGGCAUAAACAGUAACAACAGGCCGAAUGUGAACGUCUUCAUGAGCGAGGAAGAGGUCAAGAAACUCCUGGGUCUUGAUGCUGAGUUGUACUAUGUAAGGGAUGAUGUGAUAAAUCUUUAUGCCCUUUCCUUCAUCCUGCCUGUGCCCAGUGACACUAACAGCCUACAUUUCACAUGGCACUCCAGCAGCAAGGUGGAUUACAGGUUAGGGUUUCAAGUGGAAAACACUUCAGCCAUGGAUCAACCUCAGAGCAACAUCUCUGCUCAGGGGGAGGUCCCGCGCACUCGUUCAGUGUUCAGAGUGGAUCUUUUCUGCUCUGGAAAGGCUGAUGGAGAGGCUGUGCUUACGGUGCAGUUGAACCUGACUACACCAGCCAACAACUUCACAGUGCUCAACUUCAAACGCAGGAAAAUGUGUUACCGAAGAAUUGAGCAGCCAGAGCCCCCCAAAACUCUGCCAUUCCCAAACACAACCAUACAGAGAAUAGACCCGAGCAGUUCAAAUGCUCCCACCACAUCCACACGAGUUUUCUACAUCAGUGUGUGUGUGUGCUGCAUCGUCAUCUUUCUGGUAGCCAUCAUCCUUGCUGUGUUACACCUCCACAGCAUGAAGAGAGUGGAAAUGGAUGACAGCGUCAGCGACAGUGGAAGCUCUCAGGGUCUGUCUCAGCCUUCCACCCAGACCACCCAGUACCUGAGGGCAGACACCCCCAACAAUGCUACACCUGUCACCAAUGCUCAUACUGGCUCUGCACCCAUGCUCCAACUUGCAGGCGCCUCCUUCCCUCACCCUGGUGCCCCCUCGCACGAAACCAAAAGUUAUCCCUCGCUGCGGAUAGAGAAGAACGACUUGAGAAGCGUCACUCUCCUUGAGGCCAAGGCAAAGGUCAAAGACAUCGCCAUUUCCAGAGAGAGAGUCACACUCCGAGACGUCUUGCAUGAAGGGACCUUUGGCCGCAUUUUUCAUGGAGUCUUGCUUGACGAGAAGGACCCAAGCAAAGAGAAACAAGUCUUUGUGAAAGCAGUGAAAGAUCACGCCUCAGAGGUACAGGUGACCAUGAUGCUUACAGAAAGCUGUAAACUACGGGGCCUUCACCACAGGAACCUGUUACCCAUCAGCCAUGUUUGUAUAGAAGAUGGUGAGAAGCCCAUGGUCCUGUUGCCCUAUAUGAACUGGGGAAAUCUUAAGCUUUUCCUGCGCCAAUGUAAGCUUGCUGAGGCCAACAACCCACAGGCAAUCUCUCAACAAGACCUGGUCCACAUGGCAAUACAGAUUUCAUGUGGGAUGAGCUAUCUGGCACGGAGAGAGGUUAUUCACAAAGACCUGGCUGCCAGAAACUGUGUACCCCCUUAAAUUUUUCACUCUGUUAUAUUGCAGCCAUUUGCUAAACUGGCCCGUGAUCUCUUCCCCAUGGACUAUCACUGCCUCGGGGACAAUGAGAACCGACCCGUUCGCUGGAUGGCUUUGGAGAGUUUGCUUAACAAUGACUUCUCUAGUGCUAGUGAUGUGUGGGCUUUUGGGGUUACUCUCUGGGAGCUGAUGACCUUGGGACAGACUCCUUAUGUUGACAUCGACCCCUUCGAGAUGGCUGCCUAUCUGAAGGACGGCUACAGAAUAGCACAACCCAUCAACUGCCCCGAUGAACUAUUUGCAGUGAUGGCCUGUUGCUGGGCCUUGGAUCCGGAGGAGAGACCAAAAUUCCAACAGCUCGUCCAAUGCCUCACUGAGUUCCACGCAGCUUUAGGGGCCUACGUCUAAACUUGAGUUGUUGAACAGCACUAUUCCAGAGAGUGAAAGUUAAUGCAGUGCCUUACUUUAUAAGAUUUUUGUAAAGUGCUUUUGUUUCAUGCGAUAUGAAAUGUGGCUUGGUUUGGAGGUCAGUAUCUUUUGUAUAUCACAGCUGCGUGAAUAUCAAGGACCGUUUCGGAUUCUCAUGAAUAUCAUCCACACUUGUUUGGAAUGCUGGUAUUCGGGUGUCCACAGGAAGCUGCUGUUCUCUUUGAUUCACGAAGAAGCUUUUUUUCUUUUUCAUAAUAAUAGAAAUGACAAGAAAUUGACCUAAAGGUCUGGUAAUUUCCUUUUGGAUAUUUUAAAUAUUGCUCGGAGUAAUCUGUACAUAGAUUUUCAUAGACUUCAGUGAGAGGGGCUUCAUCUCCACUGCAUUUGGUCUUGCAUUUAUUUGUUUUAAAAAGAGAGAACAGGUCUCCGCUGCAUUAAAUGUGCAGAAAAAAUGCCUCAUCCUUGGCACGGCUAUUGGUACGUAAACUAGAUUCAGAAAAAGGCAAGUUUUUUUUUUUUUUCCCUUUUGGGACUAAAGAUGGUGGAGCCCUACAGCUGACCAUAAGCUUUACCUCCUUAAAUUAUGAGGUGGUCAUGGAGGUUUGAAGCAGCAUGUUGGGAUCCUGCAAGUCAAACUGGACUUUGGUACAGGGUUUUUUUCAAAUUCCUAAAGCUUUUGAUGUUUGACUGUUCUGUGUCAGAACAAUGCCUUCCUUGUAUGUUUAAAUCCGUAUGAAUACAUGGACAAGAAAAGAAACAUGAGUCACUGUGAAUAUUUGAAGUGUACGGCCUAGGCACAAUUUCAGAUCCUUUGUUCUCCAUCUAUAGGCUCUUCUUUCUAUCCUUGUGAUCACUGCAUGUUGACUUUUUUAAAGGGUUUUGUGUAAACUGAAUUCAUACCUAUCAAUUAAAUGAGGCCUCUAAAUAAAACGGGAUCUCAGUUUUAGUGUUGGUGUUUGUUGCCUUUAAUGUAUGAUUUGGUCUGGAGGAUGGUUUUAAACCUAUAUGCAAACUUUUUCGACCCCUCUUAAUAAUUGAUACAAUAGAAGCAUCUAUUUUUAGUGAUCAAAGCUGUUGUGAACUAUUCUGAAUGGAACAAUGUUGCAAUAGUUUCCCCUACUCUGGUGUCAUAAGUGUUGUGCUUUUAAACAUUGACAGAGCAGCCAAAAGGCUAUCAGUAAUUUGUGGGCUGGCAGACUACAUAUUUGUGCAAUCU